CUCAAUUAGUUUGUGGCAUUCUCAAUGUGGCCAUCGGUCAGAAAAAGGGAGAAAAAAAACCCAUAGUCUCUUUUCGGUUGUUCAUUUCUUCCGUCUCUCUCGCAUCUGCAAUUCUCACUCGUCGGGGAGAAGUGGAUUACAGAAUGUGAUCAUCUCAGUCAAAUUCGAUCCAUCUUCAAUUCUCAAUCUAUGGAAGAAAAUUGAUUUGGGAUUCUUGAAUCCACAUUUACUCGUACAGAUUUGGCUCUCACAAUUCUCACUCCAUUGCCCUCAAUCAUGAGCGAGCUCAAAGCUCUUCCUCCUCCUUCAAAUCUUUCGCCUUCAGCCCUUUCAUUCCUUGAUCAUCAGCUAUAUAACAAAGAAACCCUAGCGCAAGCCCCGACCCUCGUCAAUGACCUUCAAAGUCAGUGCCACGAAUUGAAUCAGACUCUAAUCGAGCUCAAUCGGAGCCUCAAACAUACUCUUCUUUCCCAGUCUUCGUUUUCGGAUCGUUUUCAUGGCCUCCUUGGAGAUGUCAAUGGAAAACUGGUGGGUCUUGAAUCGCUUACUCGCUCUCGGAGUUCCACGCAAGGAGUGGGGAUAGCUGAUGGGGUGCUAGGGAAGGAGCUAUCGUCACUGGCAAAAGAAGUGGCCAGAAUGGAGACAGUGCGAAUGUAUGCCGAAACAACAAUGAAGCUUGAUAGCAUGGUAGGAGAUAUCGAAGAUGCUGUAUCAUCUGCAAUAAACAAAAACUUGAGGAAGUAUUCUCCUGCACAGAGUUCAGAGGAUGCUAGGCUGGUCGCUAUAAAAACACUUAAACUUACUGAAGAUAUCUUAGUAUCAGUUUCAAAAACACGGCCUCAGUGGACACAUCUUGUGUCAGCAGUUGACCAUAGAGUUGAUCGGGCUUUAGCUAUUUUAAGACCUCAGGCAAUUGCAGAUCAUCGCUCCCUUCUUUCUUCCCUUGGAUGGCCCCCACCUCUCUCCACUGUAACUGUUACAGGUGAUGCAACAAAAUCGACUGAAUCCCAAAAUCCUCUUUUUACAAUGCAAGGAAAGCUCAAACAGCAAUACUGUGAAAAUUUUCUUGCCCUAUGCAGCCUACAAGAGCUUCAACGACGAAGGAAAUCUCGACAACUUGAAGGUUACAGUAAAGAGCUUUCUUUGCAACAACCCCUUUGGGCAAUUGAAGAGCUUGUAAAUCCUAUAUCAUUAGCAGCUCAAGAUCAUUUUUCGAAGUGGAUUGAUAAGCCAGAAUUUAUUUUUAUUCUCACUUAUAAGAUUACUAGGGAUUAUGUUGACUCAAUAGACGAAGUUUUGCAACCUCUUGCUGAUGAAGCGAGGUUGGUGGGGUAUAGUUGCAGAGAAGAAUGGAUAUCAUCAAUGGUAUCCUCCUUGUCAACUUACUUGGCAAAGGAGAUAUUCCCGAAUUACAUUAGUCGACUCGAUGAAGAUUCCGACACUGGUAUUCAAUCACAAGCUAGAAUAUCAUUGCUUCAUUUAGUCGACCUGAUGAUAUCUUUUGAUAAAAGAAUUAAAUCACUUGUUGAGCAGUCUGGACUUUUGCUUUCUUUUGAUGGAAGUGAGAACUUGCAAAGAAUUUCUUCAUUAGCUGUGUUCUGUGAUAGACCUGAUUGGCUUGAUUUAUGGGCAGAAAUGGAGCUUAGUGAUGCAUUGGCUAAGUUACAAACUGAGGUAGAUAAUGAAGGGAACUGGUCUGAUAAGAUUCCAGCUGCAGCUCUUCCUUCUUCCUCCGAGCAUUCUAAAUCUCCUGCAAUUUCUGCUGUCUUUAUUAAGCAGCUCUCGUCUUUGGUUUAUCGCUGUCGAUCUCUGCCUAGUAUCUCAUUGAGGUCAAGAUUUUUCAAGCUAGCUGGUUCACCUAUCAUAGCUAAAUUUUUGAGUUGUGUACUAAUCAGGUGCCAGGAAGCUGAAGGUUUAACUGCCUUGACAGACGAUGAUGCAUUGGUUAAAGUUUCGAACUCGAUUAAUGCUGCACGAUAUUUUGAAUCUAUUCUAAAAGAAUGGUGUGAAGACAUGUUUUUCCUCGAGAUGGGAUCGGCUUCCGACGAGCUGUUAGAGAGUCAAUCAACUGGUAUUAUCGACCUGGAGAUUAGGAAGUUUGAGGAGUUUAGACGAGAAUGGGUUGAGAAAAUAUCCACGGUUAUUUUGAGGGGAUUUGACGCUGAAAGUAGAGAUUACAUAAAAAACAAAAAACAAUGGAAGGAAAAAUGUGAAGAUGGUUGGUCAGUGUCCAGGCAUUUAAUUGGGGCUUUGGAUUAUUUGCAAGGGAAAAUGCUAACUUUAGAAAAGAAUUUGAAUGAGAUCGACUUCGUUUCGCUCUGGAGAACUUUGGCUGCUGGCACCGAUCGAUUUCUUUUCAAUGGUGUACUGAUGAGUAAUGUGCAGUUUAAUGAUGUUGGAGUAAAGAGAUUUGGUGGUGAUAUGGAAGUUUUGUUUGGGAUCUUUAGGUCUUGGUGUUUGAGGCCUGAAGGUUUUUUCCCAAAAAUAAGUGAAAGCAUGAGAUUGCUGAAGAUGAAGGAAGAGCAACUUAAAAGUAGUUUGGUUGGAGGACAGACUUGGAUGAAGGAAAAUAGGUUAAAACAUUUGAGUACUACUGAAGUAGACAGAAUUGUGAAGAGUAGGAUGUUAUAGAAUUUGAAAGUUCCACAGAAUGAUUUUAAAAUUAUUCAAAUCAUAGUCUGAUGGAUAGUUUUAGAUCAAAUUUGAUGGAAUGAAAAUAGUGUUUUGAAAUGUAUAAUUAAACAUUAAAUUGAUUUUGAAUUAUUAAAGACUAAAUUGAUUUUGAAUUAUUAAA